AUCAUUAUCAUCCACUGUCCACUGUCUGUCACCCUGUCACUCACCCACACUCAUCCCCCCUGAAUGGAGAGUGAUAAUUCACGCUCCCACUCAAACUCAAUUUGCCAUUCCCAUCCCUCCUCAACCAUGGAGCCUUGGGAUCACCAACACAGCCACCCCCAGGACAGCGACCGAGAGGAUAGAGGCAGAGACGGAGACGCGGAAACCAGAGAUAACAAUGACGAGAAUGAUGACCGCCCGCGCAAACGCCGUCGCAAGUACAUCGCCAAGGCAUGGUAUGUUCCCCACUCGUUUGUACCUAUAUCCACACCUGUCUUUCUAUCUAUCUAUCUAUCUAUCUAUCUAUCUAUCUAUCUAUCUACCUACGUACCUUUGUACCUACCUCCACCCCCAUGCAAAAAGAAAUGUAUACGGAGUAUACAUCAUGCAUUAUUUCCCAGUCCAGUGAAGGUGGAUAUGAAGAUGGAAAUGAAGAAGAAGAUCGAGACAGACUAUCUAACCAUCACAGCAACGAAUGCAAACGCCGCAAAAUCAAAUGCAACGGGCAGUCGCCCUGCCAGCGCUGCGGCCGGCAACGCGUCAACUGCGUGUAUGAUAAUCCGCCCAGGGGGGACGAUGGGAUGGGUGGGAAUCAGUAAGUUUUUUUUUUUCCCCCCCGCUGUUUCUGUAUUCUGCCCUUCUUUUUAAGUUUAAGAAAAAAGACGCACAAAAAAAAAUCAAUAAUUGAAGUGGAGGAAUCGGUGAAUGAAUGCAAUGGA